CCCCUCUUAUUAGCUGGCCACAGGCUCUUAGACAGUAGUAGUUGAAACGGCUGUCGGGCUCCUCUCUCUCUCAAAGCAUCAGUGAGCAGCCUGGCAUUCUCAGCAUGGCGUCUGAAGAGCUGGCUCGGAAGCUGCAGUCGCGUCUAGUCGCUACGUGGGAGGAUGAACCGAGGCCGGAGCCCGAACAGAGCCUGGCCCGACCUAACCCGCAGGAAGCCGAGGCAGCCUGCGGCGAGUCGUCCUCCGAGCUGUCGGCCAAACUGAUACGCAGGCAGGACAUCAACGAGGGCAACGCUGCGCCUCGGUUAACCCGUAUCUUCAACCCCUACACCGAGUUCAAGGAGUUCUCCCGCAAGCAGAUUAAGGACAUGGAGAUGAUGUUCAAACGGUAUGACACUGGUAAAGAUGGCUUCAUUGAUCUGAUGGAGCUGAAGCUGAUGAUGGAGAAGCUUGGAGCUCCACAGACCCACCUGGGCCUCAAGAACAUGAUCAAAGAGGUGGACGAAGACUUUGAUGGCAAGCUGAGCUUCAGAGAGUUCCUGUUGAUCUUUCGGAGAGCAGCUGCUGGAGAGCUGCACGAGGAGAGUGGUCUAAUGGCUCUGGCUAGACUGUCUGAGAUCAACGUCUCCACUGAGGGAGUGAUGGGGGCCAAAGACUUCUUUGAAGCCAAGAUGCAGGCUCUAUCUCUGGGCAGCAAGUUUGAGGCCGAGAUUCGAGAGGAAAAAGAAGAACGCAAGAGACAGGAAGUGGAGAAAAAACAGAGACAAGCCGCCUUCAAGCAGCUGCAGUCCACUUUCUGCUCAUGACCCUCUGUGGGAGGCAUAUAACAGUCCUGACAUGCACAGUCAGUGUUACUGAGGUUUUAGAAAAAGCUUGUCACUCCACUUACAUUUUAAUCAGUGUCCUUGCUCAGAAUUUGGGACUUUAUAACAAAAAUAGGAAAAUGCAUUUCAAUAAAUACUUACUAAAAUAUUUUAAAAUACUUCAUAACACAUCACAGGCAAGGUCUACUCAUUCCAGACUUUCUGCAGCUGCUCCACAAAAAACAAUGAGGCAAAAUCAAAUAUUUAGUGAAUUCUCCAAAAUCAUGGGAAUAUCAUCAAAUUAUUUUAUGCAUUUCAGUAGAAUUUUUGUGUCCUUCUGUAGAAGAACUGGAAGUUUUUACCUCAUGGGAUCAUUACUUGUUUAGGCAAAGUUCAGCUGUACUCCAUAUGUUCUGCAAAUGUUGCUUGUAAAGUGUUUUUAAUUUAAUGCUACAGUUUGGUCAUAUGAUCUUUUUACGAUCGGUGUAAUUAACCUACUCUCAACCUGCAGUGUCAUAGAAAAAGUUAAGUCAUAGAAAAUAAUAAUAGUAUAAUAAUAGUAAGUAUUAACAUAACAGCAUGGGAACAUUUGUUGGUAGAAAAUGAAGCCUUUGGGACUGUGGCCACCUUCUUUGUCUUUUGGCUCAGUCGACUGAUCCAACACUAAUCAGGCCAUACUCUGAUUGGCUUUCGUGAAUAGAAUAUAGUCUGUAUUGUAUUGAAACAGUCAGGAGCAGCUUUUGAUAAUGAUCUAAACCACUAAAGGUAAACCCCCUGGUUUUGAUAUUACGCCCCAAAUUCUAAGAAGACCACUAAAACUUAGCUGUGAACUGUCAUGUUUCAAAAGCAGGGAGGUUAUAUUUGAAUGAAUAGUUCAUUUUGGUAAAUGAGUUUAUUUGCUUUCUUUGUAAGUGUGAGACAAGGAGACAUGCCAGUCUUAUGUUUGUAAAUGGUAAGUGGACCUGCAUUUGUAUAGCGCCUUUCUAGUCAUCCGACCACUCAAAGCGCUUUUUCUAUGAGUCACAUUCACCCAUUCACACACAUUCAUGCACUGGUAGCCGAGGCUACCAUACAAGGUACCACCUGCUACUCAGUUUUAACACACUCACACAAGCAUUGGGGAGCAAUUUGGGGUACAGUAUCUUGCUCAAGAAUACUUUGCAGACUGGAGGAGCCGGGGAUCGAACCGCUGAUCCCGCUCUACCUCUGAGCUGCCCCUGUGUGUUUGUGUGUGAAGUACACAGCUUGAGUCAAGACAUGGUUAGCUUAGCUCAACAUCAAGCCUGGAAACGGGGGAACAGCUAACCUGGUUACAAACACCUCUAAUGCUCACUAACGUGUUGCAUCUUUUUUUUCAAUGCAUACACAAACAGUCAAAAUAUGUUCUUUAGUGAGCUUUAGAGGUAUUAAUAGAUGUUAUGUUUUUACUUUAGGCAGAGCCAGGCUAGCUAUUUCACCUUGCUUCCAGUCUUAAUUCUAAUCUAGGCUAACCUUGUCCUAACUCCAGCACUAUAGUGAACACACAAACAUGAGAUUGACAUCAAUCUUGCCAUCUCAAUCUCAGAAAGAAAGCAAAUAGACCAAUUUUCCAAAAUGUUACACAAGUCCUUCAGAUGUCUAUUUUGUGUCUAAACUGAGGUUAACAACCACUGACUGAAUCUGAGCUCUGUUAGUAAAAACACACAUUAAGAUUAAAGCUGGAAACAUGCUUACCUGUUGUUCCAUGGUUUCUAAACCUUGACUUGUGAUUUUGUUUUUAGGAUCUAAAUUCUCAUGACUCACGAAACUGCACAGUUGACAAGUUGUCCUGUGAAUUUGAGUAUGGUGUAGUUAAUAUUCUGUUCUCAAGAACAUGCAAUGCAUGCAGUGCAAGUGUUUAAUGUAAGCUAGAUAUUCAAUUUUAAAUCAAUUUAGCUCAUUUUCUACAUAAACUAGAUCAGUAUUAGAAAUCUCCAACAACCCUGUAUGCAUAACAAUUGACUGUAGCAGGGUUCCGGUCUUAAAGGGAUGAUUUGGAUUUUUUGAAGUGAGGUUUUUGGGCUGGGGUUAGCAGGUGCUCCUGCUACUUAUCCAAACUUGCAUUGUACGGACUGCCAUCUGCUGUAGGUAAUACACUGACAAUGGAUAAAUACCUAAGACAAUCCUAUUUCAGAAUAUCUCUGGGAAAUGGCAAACAGACUUUCAGUUGUUUUAGGGUAGACUUGUGAUCCUAACUGUCGGCAUGAUAAUGAUCCUUUGUCUUAUUCAACAACAGAUGGAACUGUUUUCCAAGUCUCACAGUGUCUCUGUAGAAAGGCUUAUUGGAAUCCUUCUCCAUGAGUCUGCUUUAGUCUGUGUGGAUCGACAAGAGUAUAUGAAUAGUCAGCAUUGUUUGUAUCCUUUCUUUAAAGCAGACACUCCGUUAGGUUACACACUGUGACAUAACAAUUUAUGUAUUGUUGUAUAAACUAAUCAGUAGCUUCUCAAAGUGUAUAAAGUGUACAUUUGAAAGGAGUACUCAGUGAUUUAGCAUUGCACUUCCAUAAAGUUGAGGAACUUGUUAAAACUCCCACAACACGAACACAAAUAUGUUCCCCAAAAUGCAAUGCUGGAUCAUCUUUGAUAAGACUCGGAUAUCAGAGUCUUUUACAAUAUACGGAUCACCUGUUUAAGCUGUGCUAUGGCAACACUCAGUCACAGCAUGUCACAUACUAAGAAGACUCUGUUUAUAUCUUACUAAGACAACAAAGCCCAGGUGCUUCAUUCACAGUACAACUGAGUCUUGAACUGCAGAAUGCGUUCGUUUCUCUCAUUACCUUUAGUCCAGCUGUCCAUCCAGUACACUCCAAGACAGAAAAACAACUGACGUGCAUAUUUUAUUUCAUGAUGUGGUCUCAGGAUUCUCUAAUACAUAUUCUACAGCUUGGUACUACAGUGAAGCAGGCUGAACAUUGAACCACUACGUCACUGAGCCUCAGCUCAGCCUACUGUUUGUCAGGUCUUACUUAACUCUGUGUGGUUAGUAACAGAGACAGCAAGAGCUCAGCGUGUAUAACAGGUGUUCUAUCA